AUGGCGGCGGUUUUAUGGGUGCAUCUCAGCAAGGCAGCCAGGGCGGCGAGAGAAAGCUUCGCAGACGACACCCUCCGCCCAGUAACCAUCAAACAGUUGGUCGACUGCAAAGAAGCCUACCCGAGCGCUGAACUGGCCAUUGACGGCAUGCCAACCACCCAGGUGACGCUCAUCGGCCAGAUCCGCGCGGUGAAUCCGCAGGCGAUCAACAUCACGUACCGCAUCGACGACGGCACGGGCCUAAUCGACGUCAAGAAGUGGAUCGACGCCGACAAGGGCGAGACAACGCCCCGCUUCGGUGUCGACACGUACGUGCGCGUCUAUGGCCGCCUACAGAGCUUCAACGGCAAGCGCCACGUCGGCGCCCACUACAUCAGGGCGAUCGAUGAUUUCAACGAGGUCAACUACCACUUGCUGGAGGCGACGUACGUGCACCUGUGCCUAACCAAGGGCACUUCGGCGGACGGUCAGCCUCAGCAGCAGGGUGGGGGCGGGAUGGAUACCGGCGGAGAUAGCAUGUUUGUGGAUGGCGGGUAUGGCGCUGGCGGCGUAGGGGACUCGGCGGGCAUGCAGGCGAGGCUCUCGCCCUGCUCGAGGAACGCGCGGACUGUCUUCAACUUCCUUGCCAACUCAGCGCCGGGUGAUGGCGCCCAUCUCAACCAGGUGGCCAGUGGUACGGGACUUUCGGUCAGGGAUAUUAUGAGCGCCACCGAGGAGCUGUUGGGCCAUGGGCUGAUCUACACCACGGAAGACGACGAGACAUGGGCGAUCCUGGAAUGUUGA